AUGCAAGAACAAGAGACGACGGCUCCUAAAACUGCUGCUCCCGUUCAAGCUCCACCUGUUACUCCCGCCGUAGCCCAUGCAGAAGUAUUGGUUGCAAUGCCUGUUCUUCAACAACAUGGAGAGGUAUUCGUUGGCCCUGGUUCGAAGCGCGAGGCACAGCUACUAGGUUUAGGGCUGACGAAGUUGAGCUCUAGAAGAAAAGACGACCUACAGUUGGCGAAAAGAUACGCUAUGGACGUGUCCAUAAAGCAGAUUAUGCUCCGUCAACAGAAAGCACAUCAUGAAAAUCAACAAAAACAAGCAAUGUAUGCUCAAGCUCUGUCUCUUAUGGCUCGUGUGUACAUUGGAUCGAUUUCAUUUGAAGUUAGAGAGGAGAUGAUAAAGAAAGCAUUCGAAGUCUACGGUCCAAUUAAGAGCAUCAACAUGAGCUGGGACCCUACAACUGGACACCACAAGGGAUUCGCUUUCUUGGAAUUCGACGUUCCAGAGGCUGCUCUUCUCGCUCAAGAGUCUAUGAACGGUCAACUCAUGGGUGGAAGAAAUCUGAAGGUUGGCCGUCCGUCGAACAUGCCUCAAGCGCAACCAAUCAUCGAAAUGGUCCAGCAAGAUGCGAAGAAAUAUCAUAGAGUUUACGUGUCUUCAGUACACCCCGACCUGUCGGAAACGGAUCUGAAGAGUGUAUUCGAGGCGUUUGGAGAGGUGGUCAAAUGUCAGCUUGCCAGGCAAUGCGCAUCUGGGAAGGGAAGUCAUCGCGGAUUUGGAUACAUCGAAUUCAAUAAUGCGGCUGCGAUGAAUGAGGCCAUUGCUGGUAUGAACAUGUUCGAUCUUGGAGGACAAUUCUUGAGGGUGGGUCGGUGUAUAACACCGCCUGAGGCCUUAACAUAUCUUUCACCCCAGACACAAACUGCUCUUCCUACUGCAGCUGCUCAAGCAGCUGCAGCUGUCACAGCCAAGGUGAUGGCCGCGGAGAUUUACUUUCCUACUGUGUCUACUUUUCUUGUAAUCUGGACUGAAAGGUGGUACGCUUUUUUCAGACUGAUUUCUUUGAACAUUUUAAGCAGCCAAAUUCUGUUUCGAAAAUAUCCAAUGAAAUCCCGUUUGUAUCUCUCAUUCGUUUGCGUAAACUUCAUUUCGUUUAAGCUCAACACAGCUCAAGCUCUAGCAGCUGCUGCCAAAGCAGGCGAGCUUUCCGAUGCUGUUAUUAAUGAACAACUGAAUAGCGAAGACGCAACUUUAGCAUCACAAGAGGGACUUGCGAUUCGUGGAAAUGAUGCUAGACAUCUUCUUAUGGCGAAAUUAAUGCGCACAAACCGAUCAACGGUUCUGGUGCUCCGCAAUAUGGUGAAUCCGGAAGACAUAGACGAAUACCUCGAAGAGGAGAUUAAGGAAGAAUGUUCGAAGUACGGCGACGUACAGGAGGUUGUCAUAGCAAACGACCAGAGUGCAGGUGUAGUAAAGAUUUUCGUACGCUUCAUUGACCCAAAACAGGUGGACGCUGCUCGAGCGGCUUUGGAUAAGCGAUUUUUUGGUGGAAAUACAGUCUCUGCAGAAAUUUAUGAUCAAGCUAUGUUCGAUCAUAACGAUCUCAGUGGUUAA